AUGGACUGGAAGACGGUGGCGGCGCUGCUGGCGGCCUACGGGCUGCUCAAGGAGUUCCGCCCCUCCGACUGGCCCUGCUCGGUCCUCUUCCUCGUGUCCGACUGGAAGCGCUACAAGCCCAUCGUCGUCCGCGAGCCUCAGCGCCAUCGGACCUACAGCAUCCCCCGGGGCCAUUGGGUGCCCCCCCAAAAGGUGGCAUUUGCCAACCUCAGCCUGCACACUAAAAGACUAUCUGAGGCUUUCAUGGAGGUGCUGUACGGGCUGAUGUGGGCGGCCGACGUGGCGUACUUCACGUACAUGUACGCCAAGGUGGACCGCGCGCACUACGGCACGGUGUCCGCCACGGCCAGGGUGGGCUACCUGCUGGGCCGCUUCGGCAGCGGCCUGCUCAGCCAGCUGGCCGUCAGCCUCAACUUCCUGUCGCUGCAGGGGCUGCAGUUCGUCACACUCGGAUCGGCGGUUGUGGCCACCGCGUUCGCCAUGGCUCUCCCCGCGGUCUCCACCAGCUUCUACUUCCAGGAAGGCCACGAGGCCGACUCCGGGAACAGACGCUGGGAGUCGAACCCACGGCACGACCCUCGGACGGAGCUGCCCGCCGUCUACGACGCGGUUGCCAGCUACUGCCAGAUCCUGUGGCAGGACACGAUCGACGGCAACAAGAGUGACGAGACACUGUGGAACGGCGCCGUCGAGGCCGCCUACACGCUGCUCGGCGCGGGCGCCGUGUGGCUGACCACCAGGAAGACGGACUACUCGGCGUGGGGGGACGCCCUGGUCGGCAUGUGGUCGCUGGCGUCCGGGGCCGUGAUCGCCCUGGCGGCGGACAGCCGCAGCAUGGCCGUGCAGUACGCCGUGUACGUCGCGUUCGGCACCACCUACCACGCCACCAUCACCAUCGCCAGCUCGGAGGUGGCCAAGCGGGUGCGCGAGGACGCGCACGCCCUCAUCUUCGGCGUCAACACGCUGGGCGCGUACCUGCUGCAGACGGCGCUGACGGUGGCCGUGGCGGGGCAGGGCGGCCUGGAGCUCCCCAUCCGCGACCAGUUCGUCAUCUACGGCGGCUACUUCCUGGUCAUCGGGGCCGCCUUCCUGGCCGUGGCGCUCGCCGGCGUGGUGGCCAGGUGUCGCGGCAGCCGGAGAUUAAACGUGUCCUCAGCCUAG